CAAUCAUUCCGAAUGCCCGAACUCCUCCUAUCCCGAAUGCGAAUCGGACUGGCCCCUCACAUGCGGUCGCGCAUUCAUCGACGAACCCGCUCACUACCCCGGCCCUCACUCAACCUAUCAACACAUCCCCACCCGAUCCGCUGAGAAACCCCAAAGCACUGUUGGGAUGCAAGCUCCAACCGACUGUGCAUGAGUACGAGCACUUUCCGCCCAGCGCUGAACACUACGAUGCUGCUCAGCAUGUCCUCAACAGCUUGGGAGAUGCCAUGUACAAAACGAAGGAACAUUGGAUGACACCGACUUUAAAGACGAGGUGGCUUUCCGAGUAUGCUCCACUAGUAACCUCCAAGUUCGCCAUGUGUGGCACCAUAGGCGCAUCACCGCAGCCUGCAAUCGUAGUGGAGUGCCCAAAACAGCUACUCAGUCGGGUGAAGAAAUUAUUCCAAAGUCGCCAUAUGAGGAACCAGUACGCUGCUGGCGUUACAUCUGGCCCGGCAUUCACACUCUACUAUUGUGGUAGAGAUGACCCUGCGUUCAAGAAAAAAUGGUGCAGCAGCACUGUCUCUUUAAACGGGCCUGAGCAGUCUCUUUCUCUAUGUGGAGCUCACAUGUCAUCAAUCCAGGAUAUACAGACACCACCUUCAGGUGAUGCAACGGUAGCGUGUCUCGUUGAGAUCAAGGGCGAUCUUUAUGCUCUUGGUCCUGCACAUCUUUUUGCCAAGAAAGAUUCUACCAAGUCUCAAGAGCAAUUGCUCGCCGAGUUGCUACAAAUGGACGGAGGCGAAGACGACGACAUCUCUUCCGAGGAAGACGACGACGAUGAUGAUGAUGAUGACGAUAGCGACGACAACGAAAGCGACAAUGGUUUCUCCUCAUUCAAUGACAUCAUAUCUGAUGAAGAUGCAUUCGACUGCAAUGCAGCAUCACCCCAUGGUCUCACCUCACCUCCAUCAAGGGCUCCUGACUGUCCGAAUAUUGAUAAAGAAGGACUUGAAGACCUCGCAGUCAUGUUUCCUGGACCGAACGACCUACAGAAUGACAAUACGGACGGCGAUUGGGCGGUCACACUCAUCAAGAAGCCUGACCAACAGCUACCGAACCUGUAUUUGGCUGAGCAGCAAGCAUCCAAGCUGGACCCUUCUGAGCAAGAAGAUUCUAAGCCCGAAUCUCCCAAACAACAGGCUCACCAGAUCCGACACAUAGUACAAAUUGCCGGAGAGCGGUCAAAGGACGAUACCCGGCCCAUAGAAGAGAAAUCCGUCCAUAUACUCACCUCUUCCUCCAUAAAGCAAGGCACGCUUCUCCCGGGAAUUGUUAAUAUCUCCGGUCUAAGCGGACGUGGUCAUUGCAAUGUACAUAUUGUGUCGAUCGGUGACUCUGAUGGUAUCGUAGCUGGCGACUCAGGGUCUCUUGUCGUCGAUGCGCAAUCUUCCGUGGCAUAUGGUCAUGUCGUGGCCACAAACCCUCAAGGCUACGUCUACGUUGUGCCUCUCCACACAACAAUCCGCCAGAUGAAGGCAUUUUUCGGGACCGCCAAUGUCCGUUUGCCAGAGCCCCUACAUUUAUUAUCCCGGAUAGCACUUCACUACGUUAACACUAAGCAUUUCUGCCAAGCUGAGGAAGCUAUCAUCGCGUUGACCGAUCUCGUGCAAGACAUUUGCAAAUCUCGUCAAUGGGAGCGACUUGCCCAUUGGAUCCGGACUUCCACGGCACGAGCUAGCCUGCUUGACAUUUGGGAUGAUAAGCUGGCACAAGUUUUCUCUGACAAAUACGAAAACCAUUCUGUUAGGAAAUGGUUGACGGUGACGCAUGCCUUUCGAGAGCGGUUCCGAGCGGAAAACCUCAGCGUAGAUGAAUAUCGCUUCACACCCCACCCCAAGCCCUUCUACGACUUUGCGUCGGCAGUACUCCCACAGAUUUUGGAGGAACUCAGCGCGCCCUACAACACGACCUUACGAACGUGUCGGACGUAUCGACAUUCUCGCUAUGACAUCUUCGUCAUCAACCCGCUUCUGAAUACCGGUGCCGACGGCCUGACUUCCAACUCCUCGAUCAUCAAUGCAAUAAUCACUCAAUUGUUGUCUGCCUUGAACGUCACCUCUUUUAAUCGAUUCACUCGGCGCUCUGAGGUUCGACGUCGGUUUCUGUCAACGGGGUAUCCUACUGGGCUGCAGAAUCUAAAAGGUGCUUCUUCUGUAUUCGACAUUCACCUUAGCUUAAUGGUGGCAUGCUCAAAGGCCAGCCUUCAAUGCGCCAACAUCAUGCCAUUCAACGAGCGGCUUGAGUUUCUUGAACCGCUUACAAAAGGUACGCUCGCGUCUGUAUACCGCGCGACGUCUUGGUGCGCAGAUGCAAACGGAAAGAUUGAGAUCGCGGUGAAGAAGAUCUCGAAGAGUACCACCACGGUUAUCCGGUGGUUGAACGAAGAACGAAUUCUCAAGCAACUACAGACAUUCAACGACCCGCAUAUCGUCGAACUACUGGCAUCCUAUUGCACGCUGGAUAGUUACGCACUUGUUUUUCCACUUGCGAACGGCAACAUGGAUCAACUCAUGGAGCAUGAUCUUCCUACAUCUAGUGCUGAGUUCACAACGACAUGGGUAGUGGAACAGAUGCAGGGCUUGGCUAAAGCAUUGCAAUAUCUUCACACCGGGGACGACAAGAACAGAUCCUACGGGAGACAUGGCGAUAUAAAUCCCGGGAAUAUACUGUGGUAUUCCGCGGAUCAAGAAGGGACACCUCCGUUGGGAACAUUGAAAAUUGCCGAUUUCGGCCGUUCUGAAUUUCGCUCCCUGAGUCAAAGACAACCGAGCAUCCGCAAGGCUCUCUGUGAAGGAACCCCCCUUCAUUGUCUCGAUUAUGCAUACGGCACGUAUGCUGCCCCCGAGUGCGACAUACCUACAAAUGUCUGUUCCGAUCGCCGGGCCUCUGACAUCUGGAGUCUGGGAUGCGUAUUUCUGGACCUCCUCGUUUGGUCUCUGGAAGGCGCAAAGGAAAGAACACGACUCCAUCGGAAGCUACAUUCAGACGUACCAGGACGUGGAAUCUCUUUCUGGCACCUAGAGGUGACGACACAUCAGCUCUUGUUCUCUCUCAAGCCUGCAAUCAAGGAAUACCUAGAGAGGCUAUGGGAGUUAACGAAAGACAAUGCUAAGCUACGGGCUAUCACCGGUCUUCUCAUCUUCGGGGGCGUACUAGACCCGAAUCCUCAUGCACGUCCGACGGCGAAGCAGUUGGGAGAACAACUGAGUAGCAUUGGAAUCGAGUCUUUGCAGUCUCAAACUGUUAUCAAGCGUCCCGCAUGGACACGAUUGUGGAUGUACAUACCCGGAUACACCUCCCAGUCCCGUCAGUCAUUGGAACAGUACGACUACGAGCCCAAGGCUGUUUCUGGCACGCUGUUCCUUCCGUAUCCCGAUAUGACGAGUGACGAACCAUUUCUCGAGACCCAAACCGAGAUCGAUCCGGAGCAGUUCCAGAACAUGAACGACGAACUGUUGUUGCGGGAAUAUGACAGCGAUCUAGACAGCGGUAAUGGAUGCAGUCUCAGCUCGAAACGAACAUGUCCUUACUGCCCUCUCGAAGCUCGCCCCGUUGCCCUCAAAGCCCACGCCAGGGCCGUACAUCGUAACCGCACACUCCACGAAUGUCCAGACUGUAAAGAGCUCUUUGCAGAUAUGAAGCAACUCAAGCAGCAUCAACGACGGCUAGGGUUAACAUGUCCCAGUGCGUCAAUAGUCGAUGGCAAAGACCUUUUCGGAAGAGAGCCGCAACUCUGUCCGCGGCUGCCUCGGACCGAUAGCGCAACAAGUUUACGUGGGCAGCACGUUCCGGGCGAUACUUCCUCUGUUCGAUCGAGUACAGUUGCAACCGAGUACCCUCCUCAGAUGCGCAGCGGUGGUCUCACGCAUAGUUAUCAUCAUCAUGACGAUGCAGGCGGCCCGUAUGUGGAGUAAUCAUACAAAGACUUUCUCUUUACCUUCGGAUGUGAUAUCUGCCGGCGUUUCUGUGGGCAUCACGGGUGCUUGGCGGUAGCGAUGGAUGGUGUUGUUUACUGUUUAUUUGUACAUUUCUGUUGGUACUUUUGUAUAUGCGCGUUUCAUUCUGCUGAUUUGGUCGACUUGUGACGGCGUUCUCUUUGGCUCAUUGGUUUUGGUU